AUGACUGCAACAAAUUUUGCACGGGUUUUCGAAUAUGCGCUUGCCAAUGCUAAUAUAUUAUCUGAAAUACAGAAAGCGAAUUUGUUAUUACAACGAAGUUAUACAACUGCUGCUAAUGUUGAUCAACAAAAAACAAAUUUAAUUCGAAAAUUGAAUACUCUACUCAAUGAUAUUUUUUAUGGUUAUAAAACGAAACAAUUACUGAAAAAACAAUCUCUCAAAUCACUGGAACUGGAUAAAUUGAACAAUCAUUUAUUGAUACAACAGUUAAAUAUAUCAAAAGAUAUUAUGACGAACGUGCUCAGUUGUUAUAAAUCACUAUCAAUCUAUGAUGGAAACGAUGAUGGAAACGAUGUCACAAAAAUAGAAUGA